AUGCGGCCAGUCGGACCAUCGCUGCGGACCAUCGCCGCCAGCCUGGUCCUGAUGGCCUGCGCCAUGUGCACCAUUCUAUUUUUGAUGGCGGAUCAGCUUCGCUGGGAUGCCGUGGGCUAUGCCGGUCAGAGUGGCAUCCUGACGCCCAAUAUUGAUGCACUCGCCCGGCUAUGGCAACGUGGCACCCCGGACAGCUAUCCUGUCGAGUUUCCGCGCAUCCUGGCUCAGGCUGGCUAUCGGACAGCCGCCAUUGGCAAGUGGUUUCAGCAACAAAUGCCUGGAAAAGACCCACAGGCAACACUCGACUUUCUUGAUGGUAAUGGCUGGAACUCGUGGAUUGGUCGGCCUUAUGUGUACGCGGACGAUCUGCACCCGACAGCUUGGGUUGGGCGCCAAGCCGUCUCGUUCCUGGAACAGAAUAAUGCCACGACGCCAUUCUUCCUCAAAGUCUCUUUCCAUCGACCCCACAGCCCGUACGAUCCACCUGCCAGUUACCUGGCCAAGGUGACCCGUGACAUGCUUCCCGCGUCGCGUACUGGAGGUAAUUGGGAUAGCGUCUUUCGAGGGACACCAGGCGAUCCUCCGGGCUGCGGUGCCACCCCCGACGCUUGGUGUGGAGCUAUGCCCGCCAAUGAAACCUUGAACUCCCGACUUUGCUAUUAUGCCAACAUCAUGUUCAUUGAUGAGUAUAUUGGUCGUAUCGUCGACACGCUCAAGCAAAAAAACCUCUUUAAUCAUACUUACAUCAUCUUCACCGGCGAUCAUUAUCAUUGGCGCAAGGGAUACCCGUUUGAAUUUAGCGCACAUGUGCCCAUGUUUCUUCGGUGGCCCGAAGUCGUCGACUCGGUGGUCAAUAUAUCCCGAGGCACGGUUAUUCCUCAGCUAAUGUCCGAGCUGCGCGAUGUAGCACACACAGCCUUUGACGUGGCCAAUGCGACGCAUCUGGUCCCAAGCGUCAACCCGGGCCCGUGGCGCCGCUUUUUGGACCUUGAACACAGCACCGUUUACAAUGAGACUGUACAUUGGAAUGCACUCACUGAUGGUGAAAUGAAAUAUGUCUUUCGGGCUUUUUUCCCCGAUGAGUUGUUGUUCAAUUUGACAGCCGAUCCCUGGGAAAUGAACAACUUGGCCGAUGAUGCCUCAUAUCACAAGGAGCUGAUGCUCUGGCGAGAACGGCUCAUUGAACAGUUUGAACGCGAGGGGCGUGGCCCGGCCUUUGUUCAAAAUCAUACCUUGAUGCAACGAACGCAGGGGAUGACAUACGGUCCCAACUAUCCACAGGGUCCACCCAUUGCGCCUGGCGACGAGAUUGUCAUGCAAUCCAACGGGGCAAGCCAUGAUACCUGGCUCAACCAUAGCUCGGGCCAAAUUGAGUUGAUGGCAACCAACGGCAGCGCCCUAGGUCUAUGCUUUGCCAGCACAGACAGCCGGCCGGAAAUUCAGCUGCUGGCGCAGCUGUAG